CACUGCCACGCUCACAUUUCUUGUGUCACUGAUCAACUCCUCUCAGCUCUUCGGUUCCAGAAAUCAUGAGUUUGGGCAAGAAGAUUAAUGUUGGAGUGGACGGUUUUCGACGGAUCGGUCGUUUUGUAUCUGGAGUCACUCGUCAAAAAGAAAUUCCAAAGCUUUCAGAUGUCAACAGUCCGUUGAAGGUCACUGAUUUUAAGGCUCCUCUGCCAUCAGCUUACUUUGUUUCAGAACAAGGUCAAGAUGGAUCAAGAGUGUUUGCCCUCCUGGGUGCAGGAAUUUCUGGAUUUUUAAGCUUUUCGACGGUAGCUUAUUCUGAUGAGGCUGAACAAGGCUUAGAGUGUCCCAGCUAUCCAUGGCCUCACCAAGGCAUUCUCAGUUCAUAUGACCAUGCCUCGAUCCGCAGAGGCCACCAGGUUUACCAACAAGUUUGUGCUUCAUGCCACUCUAUGUCACUGAUCUCUUACAGAGAUCUUGUUGGUGUAGCAUACACUGAGGAAGAAACAAAGGCUAUGGCAGCUGAGAUUGAAGUGGUUGAUGGGCCUAAUGAUGAGGGUGAGAUGUUUACUCGUCCUGGCAAACUUAGCGACCGUUUUCCUCAGCCUUAUGCAAAUGAACAAGCAGCUAGGUUUGCUAAUGGAGGGGCCUACCCCCCAGAUCUAAGUCUUAUUACCAAAGCCCGUCAUAACGGUCAGAACUACGUAUUUUCCCUUCUUACAGGCUAUCGUGAUCCUCCUGCUGGUGUUUCGAUCAGAGAGGGACUGCAUUACAAUCCUUACUUCCCUGGUGGAGCUAUUGCUAUGCCAAAAAUGCUUAAUGAUGGUGCUGUUGAAUAUGAAGAUGGAACACCUGCAACAGAGGCACAAAUGGGAAAAGACAUUGUGUCGUUUUUGACCUGGGCUGCUGAGCCUGAGAUGGAAGAAAGAAAACUGAUGGGAUUUAAAUGGAUAUUUGUAUUAUCGCUUGCACUUCUGCAAGCUGGUUACUACAGACGCAUGAGAUGGUCAGUUCUCAAGUCUCGUAAGCUUGUGCUUGAUGUGGUCAACUGAUCUACAUUUCAAACUUCGUGUCUGCAUCUCAGAGAGGUAAACACACAAUAAACUUAUUUUGGCAUGUUACCUGAUAAAAUGGCAUACAGAGAUGAAACUCUGCUUUUUAAAUAUUCUUUAUGUGGGGGUGAGGACCACGUGUUCUAUGUAAAAUGGAAGUGUUCUCGUUUGAAUCUCCACCCCUCUCUCUCUAUAUAUAUAUCUUCACUUCGGUCGACUUAAAUUACAAUGUAAUUCAGUAAGAAAAUUAUUGUCUGUAGAUUAAUAGAAGUAAAUGUUCAUGUGGC